AUGCAUAGAAUGAUCCACCGGAAGGACAAAACUUUACCUGUACGCCUGAGUUCUGUGGAUGUGAAGGUUAAGGUUCCACGCCGUCGGAAACUGCUCGUCAAGCCUUGGCCAGUUCUCUAUAUGACAGAUUGGGCGAGGCUGUGCUUUGAGAAUAGCAAAUACAAUGGGUUUUUUUUCCUGGGUGGGAACACCUUGGAUACCUGGGAUGAUGCCCAAGCUAUGCUCCAAACUUUCUGGGGUCGAUACAAAAACAUUGAUCCUAGUCUUGUGCCAGAGCAUCCCUCUCAAACUGUUCCGUUCUACAUCCAUGGAGAUGAAGGAAGGGGGCUGGGCAAAAGACCUUUGUUGGUGAUCAGCUUUCAGCCAACUAUGUCAUGGACUGGUGGACAGAAAAUCCCGUCUACCAAGCAUACCUACACCAGCCGAUUAGUGUACACGGUGGUGCCAUCUGAAUGCUAUGCCCCUGGCGGUGCAACCGUUGACGGUCUGCUUGAAGCUCUGGUGUCUGACCUCGUUCGAUUGGAAACUGAGGGUCUUGAGGACUGGCAUGCUCUUGGACCUACCGGGCCCAUACGAUCCUUGCGUCCAAACUAUGUCCCCCCUGAUCCAUUCAAAUGUGGACGCAAAUCUCCUUCGCAAGAUUUGCAGGGGGGUGCCAAUCCAAAGUCUAUCAAGAUAGACAUAGCACACACCUACGCGAUAGCAGGUUAUGGGAAGGAUGAUUUGGCAUCCUGCCUAGUUUUCCUCGCAGUAAGAUGUGAGAUCUGGGGGCCUGGAAGAUAUGAGGAUCAACUAGAACGUGCUUGGGUGAGUUUCAAAGCGUGGUGCGUAGCAAACAAAAAAUCUACGACCAUCCUGGAAUUCAGCAAAAAAGAACUGAAAAUAACCUCGCUGCAAGACUUUCCCAGAGGUCUUGGAAAAGGAUCCGACACAGCAGUGGUGGGAGCUUGGUUGGAGAGUGUCCUAUCACAUGUGGAUUUAGGCCAGGUUGAUGAGCACUUGCGUGACAUGGUUCGAGUGAUCAAAUGGGGCAACAAAGCUACCAAUGACUACUUUCGUGCAGUGUACAAGCCUGGCAACAAUCUUUGGCUCCACCGAACUCAAGCAGUCAAAACGGUUGAAGAUGGUUGGGCUAUGACAGACCCUUGUCAAUUUGUACUUGGUUUCAUUUGGUUUCCCAGCGCGCGUGCUACCAACCAUUCUUUUUAA